AAAGUAAGACAUCUCUGCACACAGCUUUUCCAACUGAUCCACCUAAACAAGCUAAAGUCAUUAGACUAUAGUUUUCUAAUCAACAUCAUCAUAUCAAACAGUGUGUGUGCUACCAGUCCAUGUGUGAGGUGUUCAUGUUGGCAGGCCUGUAAGUUCCCACGUCUCAUAGUUCUGCAUUUCUGAACUGAAGCAACCUGACCACAGAGAUAAGAAACAAACCAAGAACAAUGAUAUGGCAUUUUCCAUCCUCUCUUAUAACUAAUACUGUGCUCUUCAUCCUGUUCAGUAAAACUGCCUCAUGGUUCACAGGUGAAUGCAUCCCUGUUCCUGCACUACACCUGCAGACUGUGUGACGUCCUCAGUGCUCAUAGAGAGGAACUGUUUUAGCCUCAUCAUUUUUAAUCCUUUUUCAGGCUUUUUUCAGGAGUCAGUAGUAUACACGCAGCAAAGGGGGUCUUUAACCAUAGUUCAUUUAGUUUGAGAAAAGUUUAUACUUUGUAAAACAACAACUCUUUAUUGUGCAGAGGGUGUUUACUGUGGUUUGUGUCAUCAUGCAUAUUAAUGAUCAAAGAGGAAGUAAAUCUAGUCUUUCAGCAGCCUGAUAUCCGUCUUCUGCUCAUGACGACAGAGGAAAGGCGUCUUUGAACACAUCGUUCCUCCUUCACUUCUCACAGAGAUGAGAGGAGCAGCUAUGAGUUUAACUGCAGCAGCGAGUGGAUUAGUGGUCUUCCUGCUCUCUGUGUCAGUGGUUCAGGGUCAGGAUGUCUGGGGAGUGACUUACUCUUCUACUGAGAUCUGUGCAGUGAAAGGAUCAACAGUGGAGAUAAACUGCAGAUACACAUACCCAUCUAGAUGGAGAGGUGGUGUUAACACAGUAGAGAAAACAUUCUGGUUUACUAAACAGAAAGAUGGUGAACCUGUAGAUCUGAGAACAGACUCAGAGUAUGCAGGUCGUGUAGAGACUCUCUGUAAAAACAACAUCUGCACUCUGAGAAUCAGAAACCUGAGAGAGAGCGACUCAGCUCAGUACAGGUUCAAGUUCAAAACAAACCAAGAAGGCUUUGAGGGUUCACCAGGAGUCACUUUGUCUGUCACAGAUCUCCAGGUCACAUCACCAUCAAACAGGCUGUAUUGUCAGAGCAGAUGUCCUCAUUCUUCUAAUCCUUCAUACAUCUGGUACAAGAACGGACAAAUAAUUCAGGGACAAACAUCUUAUCAUACAGAACACCAGAACAAUGGAGACAGUUAUUCCUGUGCUUUAAAGGGACAUGAGGACUUCCCCUCUCCUCCAGUGUAUGCUCCAAAGCUCCCCUCUGUGUCAGUGAGUCCCUCUGCUGAGAUAGAGGAGGGCAGUUCAGUGACUCUGACCUGUAGCAGUGAUGCUAACCCAGCAGCUAACUACACCUGGUACAAGGAGAAUGAAGACUCUCCAAAAGCUUCAGGACAGAUCUUCACCAUCACUGACUUCAGAGCUGAACACAGUGGGAGUUAUUCCUGUGAAGCCCAGAACAAGUUAGGACGUAGUAACUCCACCUUACAUCUGACUGUUGGAACAGGGAGUUCAAGAAUGAUGGUGAAUAUCAUCAGGACGACUCUGGGGGUCUUGAUUCUGAUUCCUGUGUUUCUCCUGAGUCUGUGGAAGAGGAAGAACAAAGCUGUUAGAUCCAGCACUGGAGCACAUACACCUGAAGAGAUAGAGUUGGACUCUGUUCCUGAGUAUGAGGACGUCUCUCACACUGCAGCACAGACAGAAGACCCAGAGGAGCAGGAAGACAUGGUGUGAAGUCCAGUCAGAUGCUCACCUGAUGGACACCAAGAAGAAGGACAUUGAAAUAUCCCUGAUGAGAGCGAGGCUGUGCAGGAUGUGGGGGAGGUGGAUACAUUCACCUUCAACUCCCAAUAUGUUUUAUAGUCAGUGUUCAGUAGCAGCAGCAGGUAGGAGUCAGCAGCAUGGACGUCUAGCAGAAUGUGCUGCUGGCAGCUUGAACUGAAUCAUGUCGAGGUGUCAGACAUGACUUAUUGUUCAGAGCAGCUGAUGGUCAGGUGCUGUAACAUACUGCUUUAAGUAUGCAUGCUUAUUUUAUUAUCUGUAGAAUCUGUGAUAAUACAGAAGUCUAUGAUAAGUGUUCUUGUGCAUUUUAUC